CAGGGGCCUCUUCUUCGGCGCUUUUCGGCUUCUGGUUCGGCUCCUGUUUCACCGGCUGCCGACAUAUGCGCCGAGCAGGUGUAGGAGAAUGUAUGCGUCAGUGCAAAGCGGCGUGAGAGAGUGCGUUUGUAUGUUGUGUUUUUUGUUAUUUCAGCUCUAAAUUUAUCAUGACGCACAUGUGGAGCUGUCGGCCGUGCUUCAGUUCACCGCCCCUCGACAACAACAACAACAAGAAGAAGACGAGCAGCAGCAGCGAGGAGACGCAGCUCUUUCUCCUCCUGACGUGAGACGGCUUUUACUGCGGACCGGGCGGUGUCAUUGUUUGAAACACAGGGGCGUUGGCGUUACUUCUUGUACUUUUUUUUAAUUUUAAUUACUGCUAUUGUUAAUCGGAAGCUGCAGCAGCAGCAGCAGCAGUAGUAGUAGUAGCGACGCGUCCUGAGGAGGAGCGUUACCCCCCUCGUUUUUUUUUUUUUUUUUUAUUAUUAUCACCACGGCGCAGGACGCACCACCAGCAGACAGAGACCCGCACCGACAAGAGCCAACAUGUUUGAGGCGAGAGGGAUCCCGUUUGUGCUGCUCGAUAUAGCCUGUCUGGUUCUAGUUGGAAUCCCAUUUGUAGUGCUCAAUGUGCAACACAGCCCUUACCGUCGAGGCUUUUUCUGUAAUGAUGAUUCAAUCAAGUUCCCAUAUAAAGAGGACACCAUUUCCCCUCAGUUGUUAGGAGGUGUAAUGAUUCCCGUCAAUAUACUCACUAUGGUCUUUGGCGAAAGCCUCUCAGUUUAUCUAAAUCGAAUCAAAUCCAAGUCAACCUUUGGCAGCUACGUUGGCAGGGUUUACAAGGCCGUCGGUACCUUCCUUUUCGGUGCCGCCAUGAGCCAGUCGCUGACGGACAUCGCCAAGUAUUCAAUUGGCCGCCUCAGGCCGCACUUCCUGGACGUGUGCAAGCCUGACUGGAAACUCAUCAACUGCUCGACAGGGGCUUAUAUCGAAAACUUCACCUGCACUGGAGACGCCACCAUGGUCAGCGAGGGCAGGCUGUCGUUCUACUCCGGCCACUCGUCUUUUUCGAUGUACUGCAUGCUGUUCCUCGCUCUCUACCUGCAGGCUCGACUCCAGGUUUACUGGGCACGACUGCUGAGGCCGACCCUCCAGUUUUUCCUCAUCGCCGCCACAGUGUACACGGGAUUGUCGAGGGUUUCCGAUUAUAAACACCACUGGAGCGACGUGCUGACUGGACUCCUGCAGGGUGCACUUAUGGCUCUGCUGGUGGUCUUCUUUGUGUCCGACUUCUUCAAGCCCCCCGUGGAGACCCUUAAAGAGGCGGACAUCGCCCACGCAACCCUGCAGGAGACGCCGACAAACGGAAACCACUUCGAGAGCCCCAACUAAGCUUCGCGAGCAGCGGUGGAGACGUCUGCUCUGUCCGAACUCAAAACCCGGGAUCCAGCGCUCUAGCCUUCCAUCUCCAAUUCUUAUCCGUUACCCUGCAUGGAUUGAAGUGCUUCAUUAGACUCCGAGUAGACGACGGAACAUCCCAGAAGAAACUCUCCAAACCACAUCAGGCCUGUUCACGUUUUAAGACUUUUAAUAUUUUUAGGAAAUUUUGCCAUCUCAUCCACCAGUUCUCCACCUGCCCGACCCUUGUAGAGCGGCUGGCAGAUGUAGGGAUAGGAGCUAGAGACUGUCAACUACAGGAACCAUAGAGCAUGUAUCUUUCUGCUGAGCUGGCGGGAAGACUUUACUGCAUGCAUCCACUUAAAGGGUCUGACCACUGCUGGGAAACCUGUGAAUGUAAGCCUGCGUAGUGCUUUUCCUGACCUGGAGUCGGCGCAUUCGAGGAUCUGAUUUAGGUUCAGCUUCACGUCUCCAGCGCUCAGAGACUUUGCUGCCUUAGUUUUUACUAAAAGGGCUAACGUAAAAGUGGAAUGUUUGUCUUGAGAGUUGAACGUGCUGGAGGCUGAAGCAGAUCCUCGACCAGCAGGACUCCAGGCCUCUGUCGUCUUAUCUUUCAGCGCUCUAACCCAAUAUGAUAAUCAUGUGCCAUGUUUGGUCAGAGUGCUGCGGACUAGACCGUCACUUCAAGUGUUGCCUUUGCUGGACUGCUGCUAUCACAGCUCCCUGUGUGUUUGUGUGUGUAUCAUGUAAACAAGUGAACUCGACGACGUUCUUUUUGUAUAAUCUGUAUGUAAACUAAUCACCAUACAGACUUUUAUUGAAAACAACAAUGUAACAAAUAUGUACAAAUGUCUAAAAUAAGGAAAAAUAAAGCCAUUUUACUCGUGAA